CUGAAAGGGAAAAAAAAUCUACUUUGGAUGUUUCUUGCGGUCGCUACUUGAAGCUCUUGUUAGUUAGACACUUAGACAGCUGUAAUGUACUGGAAUUGACAUUAAGAGGUAAAGUGAAUCUAAUUCGUCCACUAUCAAACCAGCUAAGCUCGUUAAGUUAAAAUCACAAAUUAUUAGGGGAUAAAAAUACUGAAUUGUUACUUCACCACUGUUAAUAAGGCUAAUUAUCUAGAAACUUCAACCCAUUAAUCCAUUCUCUAUGAAAUCCAUCUCUAUUAAUAUCAAAACCUGCUUUUUUUUAUAAAAGAAUGCAGUUCUUUUUAGAAAAUUUUCAAAAAGUAUUUUGCUUUUAGGUACUUGAGUCACUAAAUUAAUCAUGAUUUCUAUAAGUAAAAUAAAAGAACUUCCAUCAAAAGAAAUAAUAAUAACUACAGUCAGACUCACAGCCUCUUGUUUCCAGGUGUACAAGAGAUUGCAACUCUGACUGUUUCCACAUAACCAGACCUUCAAGAAUGGCCCACCAGAGCUAUAACCUUAGACCAGUUGGUAUCCCUACUUCAUUAGGGCUAAAGGCCCAUCAAAAUGGGCUUGACACUCAUAGAAAGCUGGGUAGGCCGAUAUCAUAAUAUGACUGAACUUUGGGCUAUGAUACCUUUCCAAAUAUAAUCAGUCAUCACAUUUUUACUCCAAACAUUCGAGUCUCACAACUCACAAUGUCUAAUUCCAUCCAAGUUUCCUAUACAAAGAGUACAAAGACAAGAAAUACUAGACAAACUUUUAAAGUUACAGUUACACAAGUAUAACUUACACCUUGUACCAAGAUAAUAAAAAAAAUGUUACCGCCAUUUGAAUUCUAUCGAAUUCGAAGUAAAUUAAUAGGCAUUUUAUUAUAUGGUCGAAAAUUUGUGACUAAACACCUAAACUUAAGAAUAAUGAAUGGAUGUUGGGUAACACUUCUUUUAACCAAUAAAGCUAUAACACCUAAACUUAAAGUUACAGUUACACAAGUAUAACUUACACCUUGUACCAAGAUAAAAAAAAAAAAUGUUACCACCAUUUGAACUCUAUCGAAUUCGAAGUAAAUUAAUAGGCAUUUUAUUAUAUGGUCGAAAAUUAGUGACUAAACACCUAAACUUAAGAAUAAUGAAUGGAUGUUGGGUAACACUUCUUUUAACCAAUGAAGCUAUGACACACGCAAAUCAGAGUUUCAACUCUGGAUUACAGGUUAAGGACUCACACCCCAUGUAUAGGAUUUCCAAUGGGCAAUGGAGCACCUAAAACAAGGACUUAGGACCUACUGACCUUAACAAUGGCACAAGUAAAAGGUGUUCACAAAAGGACGCAAACAAUUUUUUUUUUUUUCAACUUCCAUCAUUUUCAAGCGUGAAGACAGCCACGAUGUUUGCAUCAAUGAUUCAAGCAUUUUCCCCUCACCAAUCUAUUUUAACACAUUCAUUCUUCCACCAGAAUCCAAUGCCUCUCUUCCUAUUUCACCUUCCCCUCAUAAAACACUAAUUUCCCCAAUAUGACAACUCGCACUGCAUAUAAGAAAUACUAAAAGCCAAUGAUUAUAAGAACCUUCUGCUUUCCCUACUGAUCCUUAUCUUCUUCCUAGUCGACAGAAUCCAUUCGGUUGGUAGUCUGUGGCAGCUAUACAGAGGGCAUGGAAGCUACUAAACUCCAAAUCUGUAUUAUGAUCUCAUAAUGGAAAUGUAGGUUGAAACAGUAUAAUAUGGUUGCCUCACUCAACGAUGUUUCUUCUAAUUAAAAAAAACAUUCUUAAAUGGGGAGGAAUAUGGUAGGUGCAAGCUUUGUAUUAUAGCAAAAGAAUGGGGAGAAUAUCAGUAGACCCGAUUGGGACUGAAAAGCAUGGAAUGCAAUAGGAGAAAAAAAUUCGUGGAUGAUCUGUUAUCCUCAAUCACUAUCUAGUUAGUAAAGAAGCAACGGGUAAGCUGCCCAGGCAGCAAAACUGGUCAUGUACUGAAAGCUAGGGGGUAACUUUCCAGGCCGAACCCCGUGUGUUUGGUUUGGCAGUUAAAGAGCAAGUUAUGGCAACAGUAACAGCACAGCAAAAUGGAAAAGUUAUAGGUAGGAAUUGAACUGUCAUUCACAAUUGCGGUUGGGUAAAAGGGAAAAGCAUGGCGUACCUUAUAACCAAUUAACCCAUCAUGAAGCUUCAGCCGAGUCCAUUUUCGCGACGAGUUGACUCGCGUGACUGUCUGCCGUUUGGUUUUGGUAGAGAAAUGAUGCAGAGAUGCAGCAGAUUCCUUUACUACGGCUCUGACAGUAAUGGUGUAUUACCGUUGGUAGUUGACUUCCUGUAUGCAUGAUCAGCAUGAAAGAAAAGAUAUGGUCAUUUGAAGUGGAAAAAAAAAAGACGGUCUCAAUUAAGUAAAAGACAGAAUAAAGAAAACCCAGGUGGGAUCCUACACACGUAUUGUUUGGUAUUCGUUGUCUAUGAGUACAUGAAGAAACAUGGCUUUGUUUUGUGGAAUUGGAUCAAGAUAAUGGUCAUCAGAUUAGGAGGUAAGCAGGAAAGAGAAGGUGGCCAUAGCACAUGUGACAACGUGCUUUAACAUAAACUGGCCAACCUGAGUGUAGUUUUUACCACAAAAAAUAAUGCAACCAACCCAAAGAUGGGGCAGGCAUUUUUCUAAAAUUUUGCAUUGCUGGAACACGAUGAGGAUGUGCUGCAACUUUGUGGAAGGUAAAGGCACCCGGUGCCUUUUCUGGGGCCGACUAUGGCUCUUGAAAAAAAAGAUAAAUUUGGACAAACGACGGGUUAACGAAAUUUUUAUUCACGUACUUAAACGUAAACCAUUGACACUACAUACAAUCCAACGACUAAGAAUCACAAGUUAACGAUCUAAGCACGUGCUUAUAGAAACUCCUAAUCGAAUUGACAAAGAUGAUUUUUAGUUCUCUAACUACACCAGCCUCAGAUUUUUUGCAUCCUCAACAAACUCCUAAUCUUUUGGCAGUCUCAACUGCUCAUUUGCCAUAAUGGCCAUCUACAAAUUAAACACAAUGGGCAUUGACCGAGGAAUCUUUAGAAAUUUUUUAGCACUGAACCAUUAUGGCAUAAUGUUAACCUCUGGCUCCUACUACUGGUCCUUUCUCGCAGAGUAGAGCAUGUUUCAUCGCAAUUAUUGGGGACAGUACAUACGGAUGAAUGCAGUUGCGUCAAUUAAAUGGUGGGGGGUAGGAGAGAAAUACCUCUCUUGUGGGACGGAUGAACUUGACUUUAAGAGGGCACCACUUUUUGCUUUGUGAUUUCUGAAUGAAAUUCUUUGCCUCCGACACCUUGGCAUCCCUGUCGCCAAGACGCCAACGAUGCUCUAGGGACAUACAAGAGAUUUCUACCCGGAGACCAAGGUGGCUGAUGAAGAUAUAUCACUGAAAUGUAGGGACAUGGGUGUCUUUAAUCUUCAGCACCUAGUACUUUCCUGCAUUAUAAAGAAAACCAAGAUCCAUAACCAUAAAAUAACAAUUGGGAACAAAUCCAGCUAGUUUUGCGUAAUAAUACACACACGAUAUGGCAAUAAAGUCUGCAAGAGAGAGAGAGAGAGAGAGAGAGCUCUUGUUCUUCUUUUUUUUAGUUGGGUUUAGUUUUCCCUGCUUCAUACUGUAACGGGUUCUUUUUGCAAACGUAACUAGUUUAACAGAAGCCACAAAAGGACAGAACCUGCCGUCUUCUUCUCCUUUGCUUUCUCACUGUGUUUUCUGGAUUUUACUCGGUUGCUUCUGAAGAACCAGGCAUUGUUUUUGUGCCUGGGCCUGACUGAGGUACAAUCUGUCAGAAAGAAGCUCCCCAGGUGGGAGCAUUUUCAUGAGGAUUCUUUGCAAAAGCCCAGAAUAAGGUGGGGAAGCCUUAAAGGAAAGGAAACAUGUUUAAGUCAUGGAGGAGCAAGGAGAAGAAGUUCAAAGCAGUGUUUCAGCUGCAGUUUCAGGCAACCCAGGUACCACAGUUAAAGAAGCCUGCUCUGACUGUGUCUUUGGUGCCGGAGGAUGUUGGGAAGCCCACAUUUAAGUUGCAGAAAACUGCAGUUCAAGAUGGGAACUGCUUGUGGGAGAAUCCUAUAUAUGUGACAGUUAAACUCGUUAGGGAGCCCAAAACAGGAAAGCUGCACGAGAAAAUAUAUCACUUCAUUGUUUCUAGCGGAUCAGCCAAGAAAGAUUAUCUUGGAGAAUCAUCAAUUGAUUUUGCAGAUUUUGCUGACGAAAAUGAACCAAUGACUGUCUCUCUGCCACUGAAGUUUGCGAAUUCUGGUGCAGUUUUACAUAUAACAGUUCAUAAGAUUCAAGGAGGCAUCGAUCAGAGAAUCAGGGUAAGUAAUGGAGAAGCAGCACUACCUCAGGAUGAAAGGUUGAUGAGCCUAUCGAGCAAUGAUCGUUCAGACAUAGAUGACAAGAAUUUCGCAGAAGAGAUAGAUGACUUUGAAGAAGAGUACAACUUCAAAGCAUCCAUCGGCUCUAAUGAAAGCAGCUUCAAGUCAGUUGGGAGACAAAACUCGAUGCCUCAGAGGGCAUCGAUUGAUGUAAAUUCAACAACAACAAAGAACCGCCUACACAGAAGAUCUAACACAGAAUGGUCAAUGGCCUCAGCAUCAGACGAAAGUUUAGUUGAUUCAACAAACAGCCCUGGUGAUGAUAAUAACAAUGUUCCAAAACAGUUCCACGAAGGUAGAGAUCAACCCAUUCAGAAGCUUAAAAGUGAAAUCUUUGGUCUAAUGCGACAGUCAGAGUUAUCAGAAAUGGAAUUGCAGACUCUUCGGAAACAAGUAACGAAAGAGACCAAAAGAGCACAAGAUUUAUCAAGAGAAAUGAUGGACAUUAAGGAGGAGCGAGAUGCACUGGAAAGAGAAUGUGAACAACUCAAGCUCUCGAGGAAGACAGUAGAAGCAGAGGCUCUGGACCGAGUAAAGACAUCAAAUGAAGGGUCAAGGGUGAAGAUAGAAGAGAUGAGGAAGGAGCUUGCCCAUGAAAAGGAGUUGAAGGUCAAUCUCGAGUUGCAGCUACAGAAAACACAAGAAUCAAAUUCGGAGUUGAUUCUAGCUGUGCAGGACCUUGAUGAUAUGUUGAAGGGGAAAAGCAUGGAAAUAUCUAUGCUUACCAGCAAGCUAGAAGAAUCAUAUCAUCAGGAUAAAGAAGUCCACUGCCAAAAGUGUAGUUGCAACACAGAAACCGAUGAAAAUCAAGAUGAUACCACUACCAGUGAAGCGCUGAGAGAACAGAUAGCUGACAUGUCUGAUGAAAUAGAGGCCUAUAAGGAGAGCAGGGGAAGGCUAGAGAAGUACAUAGAGCAUCUCACACAAGAUUAUGAGGACCUAAAACAAGAAAACCUUGAGAUCUCCUCUGAGUUAGAGGAGAACAUGGAACAAAAUUUGAAGGUGAAAAAUGAACGUUCUGAACAUUUGGCUAUUAUUAGAGAACUUGAAUCACAGCUAAGGAGAGUAGAGCAUAAGAUGAGAGAGCAGACAGAAGAGCAGUCCGAAUCAUUGCUCCGUAUCAAUGAGCUUGAAGGUCAAGUUAAAGCAUUGGAGAAGGAACUUGAGAAGCAGGCAGUGGGAUUCGAGAAAGAUCUGUAUGAUUUGACCCAAGCCAAAAUCGAGCAGGAACAAAGAGCUAUUCGUGCAGAAGAGGCCUUGAGGAAGACAAUGUGGAAAAAUGGCGUCACAGCAGAGCGACUCCAGGAGGAAUUUAAAAAGCUUUCACAGGAAAUGGCAAGUAAAAUUGAAGAUAAUGAGAAGCACAUGGCGAGUGUUCACAUGGAAUCAGAAAAGCUCCGGGAGCAGAAUGGGAUCAUGGAAGAAAAGCUUAACAAAGCUUAUGAAGAGGUUGCACUAAUCAGAGACCAGAACAAAGUCCGAGUGGAAGAACUGUUGACUCAACUUGAUCUCAGGACAAAAAUGAUGGAAGAGAUAUCAUUGGAAGUAGAAGAAAAGUCAAUGCAGCUGGAAAGUGUGCAGAAGCGAGAAAAAGAAAGGCAAGAAGCUUUCUCUAGGGAAAUUCAAAUGCUCAAAGCUAAACUAGAAGCACACACAACAGCAGACGCCUCCAAGCAGACAUCACUUGGAGAAACAACACUAGAGAUUGGAAGACAGAACGAAGAGAAAAAAGAAUUGGAGAGAAAAUAUUCAUCAGCAAAGCAAGAAGCAGAAGAAGUUCGGGAAGAGUUGGAAAACCUGAAGUCGAUGAAGGAUGAAAGGGAGACAAUGCUAAUGAGGCUACAGUUGGAAAUAGAAGGACUUAAAGAUCAACAUAAUAAGUUAAAACAUAGCCUGUCAGAAGAAGAAUUGGAGAAAGAGAGCCUGUGGAAGCAAAUCCUUAAAUUGAAUGGGGAGCUACAGAAGAAGGAAGAUGAUCGCUUGGUCGCAGAUAAUGAGGUCAUUGAUAACUGGAAAGCAAAGAUACACACAGAGCAACUCCUGGAAAACUGCAAUCUGACAGAAAUGCUGGAUGAGAUAGCACAGAUCAAGGAAAGGAACAGACGCAUGGAAAGUGAAUUGAAAGAAAUGGAGGUGAGAUAUUCAGACAUAAGCCUCAAAUUUGCUGAGGUAGAAGGGGAAAGGCAGCAGUUGGUCAUGACUGUACGUAACCUGAAAAUUGGUAAGAAGAGCUAAAAGGGAAUUGUUGCUGUAAGACCAGUAAUCAAUGUUGAUUGUUGCUCCUUAUCAUUCCAUGGUGGGAGCAAUCAGGCAGUGUCUCUGGCAUCAGGACACGAAAUUUACAAAUUGAUAAAAUCGUCAGGGAAAAUGCAUUAAUAAAAUAUAUGUUUUCCCACCAUGGUGAAAUUGUUCCUUAUUGAGGCUGAAGUAUCUAUACUGGUCCUUCUAAAAUGUGAAAAUCGACCUGCUACCGGAUGUACAAUUUGAAAGUUAAUACAGUGUCUUGAUAUUUCCAUUUGAUCAAAGGAGAGCAUAUAUUUUGAUUUUUAUGCAGAAUAUAAUUACAUAAGCAGG